AUGGCGAAUUCACCGAAAAUUGAUAUUUAUUCUCUCCCUGAUAUUUCUCAGCCGGAGAUGGAUUUUCGCGAUACCUCUUUCUUCCGACAUCAGUCGGCAGAGCUGCCAACGCCAGCCUCACUUCUCCGGCAGUAUCCAGAUCUUGGAGCUGGUGUCCUUAAGUUCAGCGACCAGAACCUUGUAAUCAAAGUCGGAGGCUCCUCCGAACUUCACCUUGAGGAAGCACAGGUAAUAUAUGGUAUUAGACAUGCUUUUCCAACGAGUGAGGUGCCGGUUCCAGAGCUUUUCGGUUGGCGAAAACAUGGUGAUAUGACCUUUAUAUAUAUGAGUCUGAUUUCCGGCAAGACACUACGAGAAGCCUGGGAUGAUCUUCAAACAGAUGAUAAAACGUCAAUUUGCGUCCAGCUGAGCCAAAUUGUAACAGCUCUCCGAAGCAUUAAACCAGACACUCCGCAAUUCAUUGGGUCGAUUAAUGGAGGUACUCUACAGGAUAGAUAUUUUCGCUAUGAUUACGAAGGUGGUCCGUUCCUUUCCAUCAAAUCAUAUAAUGAUUGGCUCUUCGCCGCUGCUACUCGCCAGAAUCCUGAAAAAGAGGAACUAAAAUUCCCCGAUGGACUCCUCCGGGAUUAUCUUUCUGAUGAAGGUCAAAUUUAUUUUACCCAUGGCGAUCUGACCGUUGGAAAUAUUAUCGUUUCAGGCCCCCCAGGAGCUUAUCGGAUUGUUGGGAUUAUUGACUGGGAGCAAGCAGGCUGGUAUCCAGAGUACUGGGAAUACUGUAAACUUCUGUACGGGGUUGAGUAUGAUCACCCUUGGCGUGAGGAAGGAUGGGCCGAUAAGGUGAUGCGGCCAUUCCCCCGUGAGAUUGAUGCUUUUGGGGAAUAUUCUCAUUGGAGAGGAUGUCCGUGA